AUGAACCCCUCUCAGUCAUACCGUAUACUCCAUGCGUCAGCUCCUCGAAAUGCCGCCCUCAGAGCAUGGAAUUUCCAAGCCUCUACGAGACCGCAUAUUUUGCGACGACAUGAGCACAACGGCUCGCAGUCGAGCCAUCUUCCUCGAAUCAUGCAACCCUCGAUUUGGCAUUCAGUUAUACCUAAAAGCAUUCGCAGUAGAUUCUCUACCCCGGACCCGUCGAAAAAGAAAAAGCCAUCAAAUCCGGCGACCUAUUUCGUAUGGAUUUACCUUUUGAUCGGUUCUCAAGCUAUCCGUAUUAUGGGGCUCAAGAAUGACUUCGCCAAUUAUACGCGACAAGCGGACUUGAAACUCGAAAAGCUGAGAGAGGUGGUUCAAAAACUGCAACGAGGCGAAGAUGUGGAUGUGGGAAAAGUACUUGGGACAGGGGACGAAAUCCAAGAGCAAGAGUGGGAAGAAGCACUGCGGCAAUUACAGGAAGAGGAUAGAAUAUGGCAGACUAAUGCAAGGAAACGCCGGGAAGAGAAGGAACGAAUGGUUCAAGAGCAGCAAGAUGCUGAUCCUGUUAACACUUCAGUCGACAAAACGAAUGGCACUGCAGCAUCCACGCCUAAACAAUAUACACCCCCGAGUCCAGGGUUUUACUGA